AUGCAUCCAAAUUUAGCACUUCACAAACAUCCAAAAUGCGUUGAUAUUAUUCUUCGAUUAGAUGAAUGUCACAAAUCAGGAUUUUUUAAAAAAUAUUUUGGAGGUUGUAAUGAACUUAAAAAAGAAUUAAAUGAAUGUUUAACAUUAGAGUUUAAUGAGAUAAGAAAGAAAAAUGCUGAUAAAGCUAAAGAACAGAGAAAAAAAGUUGAAGAAUUAUGGAAGGAAUUUAAAGAAUAA